AUGGCAAAGUCACUUAUUAGUAAUCAAGAAGAGCUAUCAAAAUUAAUAAAGAAAGCAAUCAACAACUAUUCUAAGUCUCCGAAGGCGCGAAUAACUUCAUCGUACAUUGAAACACGUUUAGAAUCUUUAAAAACAUAUUGGGCAAAAUUUCAAGAUAAUCACGACAAUAUUACAAGAAGCAUAGAUAAAAGUGAACAAGCGAAAUUGGAGUAUUUUACGGAAGACUUAUACGAUCAAGUGGAAGAAUUAUAUACAGACUAUCAUUCGAAAAUGAAGGAAGAUUUAAAGAGUUUCUCUCAGUCAUCAACAUCAGCCACUAGCACAAAUGUCAUUGCAAGUUCACCCAGUUGUGAUGUAAGGCUACCGCAAAUAAAUUUGCCGACAUUUACGUCUGGAUACGAGGAGUGGCAGUCUUUUCAUGAUUUGUUUGUAUCAUUAAUCCACAAUAAUGAAAAACUAACAUCGGUUCAGAAGAUGCAUUAUCUUAAGAGCUGCCUUCGUGGAGAAGCUGAACAAGUGUUAAAAAAUCUUACAAUCACUGAAGCCAACUACCAUGAAGCCUGGCUUCAGUUAACACGAAGAUAUAAUAAUAGACGCUUCAAUACGAAUGAGGUGCUAAAGACAAUGUUUUCACAAAAAACUAUCACAGAGUCAUCUACAGCUGUCAAACGAUUAUUGGAUACAACAUCAGCUUGUCUGAAGUCGUUAAAUAAUUUGAAAAUAGAUAUUACAUCGUGGGAUACUAUUAUCAACUAUGUUGUUGUUACUAAGUUAGAUCAGGAAAGCCGUAAGCAGUGGGAACUUCAUUUAAGCCAGAUUAGUAUGGAUGAGCUACCAUCAUGGAACCAACUAAAGGACUUUUUGGAGACAAGAUAUAGAACAAUGGAGAUGUUAGAAGGAGUAAAACAAACGCCGACGACUUGGAAAGCAAAGACAUUUCACGCAAUAGAAAAUAAGAAAACAAUAAGUUGCGGGAUGUGCCACAGUGAACAUUACUUAUAUCAAUGCAAGAAGUUUUCAAACUUAACACCUAAAGAAAGAUCGGAGCUUGUCAAAGAAAAAGGUCUUUGUUUUAACUGUCUGGCACCAAAUCAUUCUGUAAAUAAAUGUCACCAAUCAACCAGCUGUCGUAGAUGCGGCCGACGUCAUCACUCUUUACUACAUCUAGAACGAGAACAAGAGAAGGAGAAAGCGCAGGAAACCACAGAAAAUAUAAAAACUCAAUCUAAGGAGAGCACUACUAUCGUAUCAACGUUUGCGAAACAAUCAUCACCCUGUGAAGUAUUAUUAGCAACCGCAAUCGUUAGGGCUAUGUCAGUUAAUGGUGUUAGUCAUGUAAUCAGAGCGCUUAUUGAUCAAGGGUCGCAAGCGUCUUUUAUCACGGAAGAAACUGUCCAGUUGUUAGGGCUCAAACGCCAGCCAAUCAAUGGUUUGGUGUCUGGAGUGGGAGAUGGUCAUACUAGAGUAAAAUAUAUGGUAUCAUUGCAUAUCACAUCACGCCAUCCUCCUUACAAUUCUAUCAAAGUUAACGCUUAUGUAUUAAGUUCCCUAACAACUAUGCUUCCUUCAAAGGUUAUUCAUUCACCUGACUGGCUCGAGCUAGAAAUGUUACCUCUAGCUGACCCAUCAUAUUUAUCACCGAGUAAGAUCGACGUUUUACUCGGAGCUGAAGUCUACUGUGAGAUUUUAAAAGGCGACGUAAUCAAGAAUCCAACAAGAAGAUUAAUCGCACAGAACACAAUUCUUGGUUGGAUUGUUUCAGGAAAGAUGUCAGAAUCAGGCUCAUCAGAAAGAGUCAUAAGUAUGCACACACAAAUCCGAGCAGAGGAUUUAUUAAAAAGGUUUUGGGAGUUGGAGCAAGAAACAGAAAUAAAUCAGAAGAUAUUGCCAGAAGAGGAGAAGAAAUGUGAAGAGAUCUUUGCUUCGACAACAACGAGAAAUGAAGAUGGUAGAUACGUCGUCAGACUACCCUUCAACUCGGUUGACCCAGAAUGUCAAUAUGGUAACAUGCUGAAGAUAGCACAAAACAGAUUUAUGUCUUUAGAGAAUAAACUCGCCAGAAAUCCAAAAUUAAGUGAAGAAUAUGCUAAAGUUAUAGAAGAAUAUAAGACAUUAAAUCACAUGAAACCUGUUCCUAAAGACGACAUCGACAAUCCCAAGGCUGUAUACCUUCCACAUCAUGCAGUGGUAAAAGAAGAUAGAGACACGACAAAGGUCCGUGUAGUAUUUGAUGCUUCCUGCAAAGGCGUAAAUGAUGUGUCGCUCAACGACAACCUUCUUGUUGGGCCCAAGUUACAGCAAGAUUUACAACAUCUCCUGUUACGAUGGCGUAUUCACAGAAUCGCUAUUAUAGCCGAUCUGAUCAAAAUGUAUAGACAGGUUCGUGUUCAUGAAGAAGAUGUGAAUUAUCAACGGAUUUUAUGGAGACCUAAUAGGACAGAAUCAAUUGAACAUUAUCAGUUGUUAACAUUGACAUUUGGGACAGAUUGCGCACCGUAUCUAGCAGUAAAAGCAUUACAUCAACUUGCAGAAGAUGAGAAACUGUUAUAUCCAAUUGGAGCAGAAAUCACUAAAAACGAUCUGUAUAUGGAUGACUUAAUGACAGGUUGUGAGACGGAGUCUGAAGCAAUUAUUAUUUUUGAAGAGUUGAGCAAUCUUAUGAAGUUAGGAGGGUUUCAAUUUCAAAAGUGGAGUAGUAAUUCUAAUACAUUGUUGGAACUCAUUGGACAAGACGGAAUGACAGAUAACCAAUCUAUACCUAUCAAAUUGGAUGAAACGCUAAAAAUAUUAGGAAUGACUUGGAAUAGAUGUGAGGACAGGUUUGAAUAUGUUGUCAAGUUACCUCCAUUAUCUACUCCGGUUACCAAACGCAAGGUGCUUUCGGACAUUGCAAUGCUGUUUGAUCCGUUAGGGUGGGUGGCUCCUACAAUCAUCACAGCCAAGGCUUUCAUACAGAAAUUGUGGCUGGCUGGAAUCGAAUGGGAUCAAGAACUGCCAGAAAACAUGCUGAAGGAAUGGAUCACAUAUCGGCAAGAUCUUUAUACACUUGCAGAAUUUCGCAUUCCUCGGUGGAUUGGAAGUAGUAUAAGUAACAAACGACUGGAGCUUCAAGGCUUCUGCGACGCUUCCAACAUUGCUUAUGCUGCAGUUGUGUAUGCGCGAGUAAUCGAUCAUCAAGGAGAGGUAAUUGUCAACCUUCUCCGUUCCAGAACAAAGGUUGCGCCUGUUAAGCAGGUAUCGAUUCCCCGCCUGGAGCUAUGUGGUGCCGUAUUACUGGCCAAACUUCUAUCUGAUGUAUCACAGGUGUUACAGGUACCAAAAGAGAAUAUACACGCGUGGACGGACUCAUCGGUUGUCAUCGCUUGGUUAAGCAGUCAUCCAAGUAAAUGGAAGACUUUCGUCGCCAACCGUGUGUCAGAGAUACUCACGAAGAUGGAUAGUAAUCAGUGGUCACAUGUACCAUCCGAAGAGAAUCCUGCUGAUUGUGCAUCGAAAGGUAUUAAAGCAAAGGAGUUAAUAGGUUUAGAACUAUGGAAAAAAGGUCCAAAGUGGUUAAGUGACAAAGAAAUCAAAUACAGUAAAGGAAUUUUUAAGAACACAAGUUUAGAAGAAAAAGCGAGUAAGAAGAUAUGUCUAUUAGCGAAUGUAAUGGAAGAAAAUGAUUCAGAAGGAUUGAUAGGAAGAUUUUCAUCUCUAACAAGAAUGCUUAGGGUUUUAUCAUAUUGUAGACGUUGGUCACAUUAUAGAACGUCUCAAGGUAAUCAAAUGACAAAUACGGGUUCCAUAUCAGUUCAAGAGAUGAACGACACAUUGUUGACAUUGGUGGGUGUAGUACAAGCUAUAUCUUUUAAAGAAGAGAUCGAUUCUAUCAAAUCACGUGGUUGUGUUCUAAAACGGAGUACAUUACAUACUCUUUGUCCGAUAUUAGAUUCUAAGGGGACGUUAAGAGUCGGUGGAAGAUUGGAGAGAUCUGAACUUACAUAUGAGAGAAAACAUCCAAUCAUACUGCCUGCUAAGAAUCAUCUUACGUGGUUGGUUAUUCAAGAUGCUCAUUUUAAGACUCUCCACGGCGGACCACAGCUUAUGCUAAAUUACAUUAGAUAUACGUACUUCAUCAUCAAUGCUCGAGUUCAAGUCAAGAAGUAUUAUCGAAACUGUGUCAAGUGUCGAAGAUAUUCGUCCGCUAACAGAUCUCAAUUGAUGGGACAAAUUCCAGAUGUAAGACUCAAGCCAAGUAAACCAUUUAAAUCAUCGGGCGUUGAUUACGCCGGUCCUAUAAAUGUUCGUUUCUCACCUGGAAGAGGAUCUAAAGCGUACAAAGGCUACAUAUGUUUAUUUGUAUGUAUGGUCACACGCGCAGUGCAUCUUGAAGUUGUCUCGGAUUUAACUGCUAAAGGGUUUAUCGCUGCGUUUAGACGAUUCAUAGCUAGAAGAGGCCAUUGCAAAGAUCUAUAUAGUGAUAAUGCCACGAACUUUGUAGGAUCAAAUAAGUUGUUAUUCGAUAUGCUUAAGGCGGCCCAAAGGUCUUGGCCAGAAGAAAUUGCCCAAUUGUUAACAUCAGAAUCAACUACUUGGCAUUUUAACCCUCCACACGCACCUAAUUUUGGUGGAUUGUGGGAGGCUGGCGUGCGUAGUGUUAAAAAUCAUUUACGAAAAACGAUUGGUGACAGUGCGCUGAUAUUUGAGGAGCUAAGUACGGUUUUGACUCAAAUCGAAGCAUGUUUGAACUCGCGGCCACUUUCAGUGCUUAGUAGUGAUCCGAAUGAUCCACUCCCAUUGACACCCGGCCAUUUUUUGGUUGGCGAACCCUUGAUCAGCAUUUCUGAUCAAGAUCAAGAUCAAAGUGAGGUCGUAGGAAUUGAUAGAUGGAGAAUGGUACAAAAAAUGGUCUCCAUUUUUUGGAAAAGAUGGAGUCGGGAGUACCUUUCAAAUAUAAGCCAAAGAUACAAAUGGUAUCACAAAGGUAAAGAACCUGAACUUGGCGAAGUAGUGUUAAUCAAAAAUGACAACGUACCACCAGCCAAGUGGCAGCUAGGCACUAUAGUAGAAAAAUAUACUGGAAAAGAUAAUAUCACCAGAGUAGUUUCGAUCAGGACAAUCAAUGGUACAAAAAAAAGACCAAUGAGUAAAGUUUGUGUCCUGACCAAAUAG